AUGUUGGGAGCUACAGGCACGCUUUUGAAGGGACAAGAAAGAGUUGUAACGAUUUGCGUGAACAUUUGUUGUUGUUGGAUAGACGGUGAGAGUGCGGAUGUGUUGAUUUCUGAUUUGGGCGUUUUUCUUUUGACCAGGAGCUGCCGUGGGAGUCGCGGCGCAACCGUCGCCCCCAUUAUUCCCUUCUUCAUUUGGCUCUCCGCUUUUUUCUUGCACGCCGCGCGUCUGAUUUUCCACUCCUAUCUUUUGUCCGCGAUUUGCUUACAACAUUGCCGUCGAGUAUUGAUUUCUUUCUUCAUUUUUUGUCUGACAGGCCAUCGACAGCUGAAGCACUGAAAGUUUAUCUUCCGACAUUUUCAACGGUAAAUUCUUCGACUAUCCUAUAUCUGUUUGAAAUUUCUCAUUUUUUGAUCUUCGCAGGGGUGAAAGGUGCUUCUUUUUAACUACAUUUACACGAAAUCGGUAGUUUUAUCUAGCAAAAGUUGUACUCGAGUACAAGGAUUCUUGCCAUCGUGAUUGCUAGAUUGAAAAAAGAAAGACUGUGAAACCGUUAGACACGAGAGCGAGAGGCGCGCUCAAUAUCUGUUCUCGAUUUGUGAAAUGUUUUUUCUGUAGCUGUUCUGGUGGCUGUUAAAAUCAUCGCAACCAAUCUUUCUUCUGACAUCCUCCGUAGUUUCAAAAGAAAAGAAAAAUGAAUUUAGGUUUUUCAUCGACAGCUUGAAAAACUGUAAAAAUAACAAAGUGCCGAAAAAGUUGUUUUAUCAAAAAGAAAAACGCUCGCUUUUUGAUUUUUGAAAUUUCAAUUUAUAUUCUCUGUGUAUCAAUUCAUUUCCAAGCUUAUAAAUCGCAAAGCCACGCCCCCUUCUAUUCGAUGCCUCAUCAAUUUUGUUUUUUAUUCAAAUGCAAACUUCCUUUUUGACUUUCACGGAUAUAGAGAUGUAAUAUUAAUUCUUUUCAAUAGAUGUAACAUUAAUUCCACUUCGCUGGCAACAGAAGAACUCACCUGGCUCACCGUAUCAUUCCCAUUUUAUUGGAUCAAUAAAUUCAGCGAAAACGAAGAGCGAGUAGUUCAAAACACGAAACUUUCUUUUCCUAAUUAAUUGAUAUCCGCUUGUCUGCUCAACUCGAAGCUCAGCACCAAUUAGCAACAAACGUUUUCUUUGUCUCUAUCCAAAAGGUUCAAAGAUUUUUCCUUCUCUUUGUUAUUUAUUCAAAUCAUGUGAUGUGUUUAGAAUGUCGGAUUCGCCACCACCGAAACGAGAGAAAAAAAGUUCACCAAAGAGGAUGACGUCAUCGCGGCUCGCGCGCCACACCUCCCUCAAGAACCAAAACAAGAACCUUUUGAACGAAAAGGAAGAGCUUCUCAAUGACCUCACGUUUCACAAGGUUUACUGUUUUGGAAUUCAGUGAUAAGGAAAUCCCAGGUCAUUGAUUUUUUAAAGUAUUAAAAGGAUAUUGACCGUUGAAAAAGUUUCAGCAUCAGGUGAGGGUCUACAGCCAUAUGAACCAAAUGGUUACUGAGAAGUUGACCAAAGCAGAGAAAAGAAGCGAAUAUUUGGAGGUAUAUUUUAGUAUAUCGCAAUUCGAAACACUCACAUUUAAAAUCCGGUUUUCACAAACUCAGAUAGGAUUACAAUUAAAAAAAUCGCAACGAACAAUUUUUUUAACUUUAAAAUUUUUUUGAUAUAACUGUGCUAUUUUUUUAAAAACAUGUCAAUUGGAACAUAAAUUUUCGAAAAUAGGAAAGUCCCUGGAAGUUCGCGGUUUUCUGAGUACCGUUCAAUGAAGUGGAACUUGGAGAUUCGGAUCUCAGUAACUGGAAAUAUGCUUGAGGCUUUAUAUGCUCCUUCUUUAUUAGGUUCAAUAGUGCUCAGGAAAAUGCAAAGAUUCAAUUGAAAUAGUUUUUUGUAAAGUUAAAUACUUUUGAAAAUAUUAAAAAAUAAAAAAAUUUCAGUCUCUUGUGCAUCAACUCCAAAUGCAACUCGGAAGUACCGUCCAGGAGGUGAAACUGAACCUCGAUUCUGACCUGGUCGACGAGAAAGAGAAGCCUAAGCCGCGUAACGGCCUCACUGCGAACUUGGAGGUGGCCGAGACGCACCGCUCCACUCCUCUCGGCUUCAGCCGAAAGCUCAGCGUCGAGAAGGUGCACUCCCUGUACUUUCCGCACAAAGGCCCGGACAUCGAAGAGACCAAAGUCGUGAUGGGAGCCUGUCUGAACGAGAUCGCCAUCGCCGCCGACGUCGUCGCUCGCCAAGCCGCCGAGGUCUUCUGCGACAUGCCUCUCGGCUCUAUCUGCGGCGUCACCUGCAAGAUGCAGGUUCACUGCGAAAACGUCCCCGAUCCUCGUCUUUAG